GAGGUGAUCAAGGGCCACAUUAUGCUGUGGGGCUCAGGAAUCACCCACAGAGAGGACCCACAGUUACUUUCUGGAUCACUAGACUUACUCUGGGGAGAGCCCCACGAGUUCCCCACACGUAUCCCUGUUCCCUGGGAGGUCUUCAGAGAAAAGCAGUGAAGGACUCCAGCCUCAGUUUCUUGCUCGAUGAAAUGGGCUCAGUGAGUCCCCAGGUGCAGGACUGAACAGACCAGCGGGCCUCGCGCCCUGGCACUGGACAGUCCGUCCCCGAUCGCUGGACCCUGCGGCGGAGGUGUCCUGCCUGCCCGGUUCCGGCGCACCUGUCAUUCCCGGGGUUUCUGUCCCUGGAGUGUCCAGGCUCCGCCCCUCUCCUCCCCCCUCACCAAUAAGACGCGCCCGGGUUGCGCGGGCCCAGAGCCACAGCGCUGCGCUCGGUCCGGCUGCGCCCAGGCCCCGCGCAGAUGGAGCCCGCGGCCAGGCGCCGGCGCAGGAGUCGUCAGCUGGUGGCCGCCUUCCUGCGCGACCCCGGCUCGGGGCGCGUCUACCGGCGGGGGAAGCUUAUCGGCAAGGGUGCCUUCAGCCGCUGCUACAAGCUGACGGACAUGUCCAACAGCGCCGUGUUCGCCCUCAAGGUGGUGCCCCGCAGUGGGAGCGGUGCAGGGCGUCUGCGCCCCAGGGGGAAGGUGGAGCGAGAGAUCGCUCUGCACAGCGGCCUCCGCCACAGCAACAUCGUGGCCUUCCACGGACACUUUGCCGACCGCGACCACGUGUACAUGGUGCUGGAGUACUGCGGCCGCCAGUCGCUGGCCCACGUGCUCAAAGCGAGGCAGACCCUGACGGAGCCCGAGGUGCGCUAUUACCUGCGGGGCGUGGUCAGCGGCCUGCGCUACCUGCACCAGCGGCGCAUUGUGCACCGGGACCUGAAGCUCAGUAACUUCUUCCUGAACAACAGCAUGGAGGUGAAGAUCGGAGACCUGGGGCUGGCUGCCCGGGUGGGGCCCGGGGGCCGCUGCCACAGAGUGCUCUGCGGGACCCCGAACUUCCUGGCCCCAGAGGUGGUGUCCCGGAACGGGCACACGUGCCAGUCGGACAUCUGGGCCCUGGGCUGUGUCUUGGACUUGGCAUCUGUACAUGCGUCAUCACAAUUCCUCCUUUUAAGAGGUGGGAUCAGAAAUGGUGACCGCUGCAGCCGAGCGCCACCCAGCGGAAAGGCAGCUCAUAAACACGGGGCGCUGCCUCCACCCACGCUAUGCACAGGAUUUCCCACCAUGAACUUCUGGUUCUCCCUCACAGUCAAAAUGGCCAUGAGAGGAAAACGUUUUGAAUCCAUUCAGGACAUAGAGGCAGCUGGGACAACACAACGAAAGACCCUCAUGAAAGAGAGCGCCAGAGCUGCUUCAGAAAGCAGGUACACGGCGCUCACCGGCAGUCCGCCCUUCCCUGUGGCACCCCCCUCGGAGAUGUAUCAGAGCAUCCUCGAUGGCCGCUACCCAGAGCCUGCCCACCUGUCGCCCAGUGCACGCCACCUCAUUGCCCGCCUCCUGGCACCCAACCCGGCCGAGCGGCCCAGCCUGGACCAGCUGCUCCAGGAUGACUUCUUCACGCAGGGCUUCACCCCAGAGCGCCUGCCACCCCAUUCCUGCCACAGCCCCCCCAAUUUCGCAGUCCCCCGGCCUCUGGACAGCCUCUUCCGGAAGGUGGGCCGGCUGCUGCUCGCUGAGUGCCGGCUACCCCGCCCCUUCACCCCCAAAGAGGACUCCGGUGCAGGAGCAGAGGGGCUAGAACCAGAUCCCAUGGAGCGGGGCGGUGAGGUGGCUCUAUCUGAGAGAAGGGCUCCCGACCCCGAGGGCCCUGUGCACCUGCUCACGCAAGGGGCCCUCCGGAGCGACCCGGCAGGCCCUGAGGGGAGCCCACGGCUGGAAGUGGAGGCGGCCAUCAGGAAGCUUCAGCUGUGCCUGAACGCCGGUCCUGCGGCCACAUGGGACCCCCCAGGGGAGCAGCAGCCUGUACUCUGUGCCCCCAUGUGGGUGGAUUAUUCCAGCAAGUACGGCUUUGGCUACCAGCUGUCGGACGGAGGCAGUGCAGUCCUCUUCCGAGAUGGUACCCACAUGGCCCUGCGCCCCCCAGGAAGGGGUGCGGCUGGACGGGAAGGUGUGCACAGGCCUGGGGCACCUAGGACAGAGACACACACACCCCCUCACCUCCAGCCAAGUCUGCUACCUGCCCACCCGCGGGAAGCUGGAGUUGUUCACCCUGAGGGACGUGCCAAGCUGGCUUGGUGCCAAGCUCGCUGUCCUGCGGCUCUUUACCUGCUACAUGCAGAGGCGACUUCGAGAGUCUGUCCGCAGGAGGGGGCCCCACCAGCGCCCCCGCCGCCUGCCGCCCCGGGCCUUUGCCUGCUGCGGUUCUUUGUGUCGCCGCAGGUGCUUCUGCUGCUGUUCAGCGAUGAGACCGUGCAGAGCCCCGUGUCCCCCGCCCGUGUCCGUGACUGGCUCCCCCCCCUGCAGGCCAGCUUCAGCGGCACCCAGGCCCGGCUGGUGCUGAGCGGGGCAGGCGAGGACCUGCGGCUCACCCUCGGGCAGCCUGGCCGGCCCUGCACCUCCUGCUCGCUGAGCGCCCUGCGCAUGCGCGGCUGCAGCCCCGCCACCCGCCAGCGCCUGUGCCUCGCCCUCCGCGUGCUGCAGAGCAGCUAGGCCGAGGCCUCGGCGCCUCGGCGGUGUGGACCCAACUCGGCUCUGCUCCCAGGGCAGGGGUCCUCGCCUUGAGGCAUGACUGUUCCCCCAGACUCCUGGGACAUGUUCUUUUCUCAUUAAAGAAAACUUGGC